UGCUCCGCCGCCGCUAUGGUCGCUGUGCCCACGGCCUGGUGCUCCGUCGCGCUGGCCCUGCUCCUGGCUCUGCAGGAAGGCAAGGGCCAGGUGACUGCCGCGGCCCCGGAGCAUCCGGCGCCCUCACCCCGGGCCCGAGGCCCCCACCUGCGGCCUCGACGUUGCUCCUGCAGCUCCUGGCUCGACAAGGAAUGCGUCUACUUCUGCCACCUGGACAUCAUCUGGGUGAACACUCCCGGACAGACAGCUCCUUACGGCCUGGGAAACCCGCCAAGACGCCGGCGCCGCUCCCUGCCAAAACGCUGUGAAUGCUCCAGUGGUGGGGACCCCACCUGUGCCACCUUCUGCCAUCGAAGGCCCUGGGCCGAAGCUGUGGUAGUCCCAGGCAGCGGGUCCCCCGCCGACGUGUUCCAAGCUGGCCGGACAUGGAUGUCCACAGGGGAGCUCCUCCAACAGCUGAGUAACAUUUCUGCCGCCAAGAUCCGGUUUGCUAGGCGACACCAGGAUUCAGUGAGGGAGCUGAGACCCACACACCCCAGGCGGAGGAAGAGAUAGUGCUGGUUGCCAAGGAACGCUGGGAAGGAGCCUGUGUGGAGCCGCGAGGAGAGGGGCAGCCCAGGGCCAGGGACCCCACCUGCUGGGGUGAGGGAGCUUCCCCCAAGGCAGCUCGUGCCCUCCGCCUGCCCAGGAAAGCCUUCAGCCCCUCAGCUGCAGAGCGGCCUCCCCCGCCGGCCCUGGCCCCACCACCCCGCUGGAAGGAACCGCAUGAGGAGCGUGCUGACCUGGAGGCCACGUCCUGAGAGGUUUCCUGUCUGUUGGCUACAAACCAGGAUCAAUGAGCAGUGGUGGACACUCAGACCGAAGCCAGCCCUGGAGGCUAGAUGGGGCUGGUGUCCUGGGUGGCCCCCAUCCGUCCCCUCGAGCUCUCCCUCCCCAGAGUCCUCCCACCCUCAUGUCCUCGGGACACUCCUGGUGAGAACGGCCUGCUCUGCUUCACCUGUCUGUAUAUAACUUAUUUGCUCUCAGAACUUUGAGAAUUCCAAUUAUUUAUUUUAAUGUAUUUUUUUAAACUCAAUUAUUUACCUGCGAACUUGUGUUUGUAAUAAACGAUGAAACGGUAAUCUGGCAUUUUGUCUUGGCUGAAGCAGAGGUGGGAGGCACCUCUCGGGAAGCGGCUGCUCAGGGGUUAGGGGGACACAGAAAGGAGAGAGAAAGGGUCUGGGGCAGGUGGCCGGAGCCCUGGGUUCCACAUCCCGUGCCCUUGCUGGGCACCUCUAGCUGCUAACCCAGCCUCUCUAGGCUUUUGCCUAUCAUGUGCCUGGGCAGCUGUUUGCAGCUUUGACAUCCAGCAUUCCGGGACCUGUGUUCCCAUCGGGCCAGUCACCUAUGGCCAGGCCUUUCCCAAGAGCAUGUUUGGAAGGAGUCAAGACCCACUUCUGCUCCAGCAGCCGUCGCCGGGAACUGUCAUGAGGCCCAGAGUGAAUCUGGCCAGUGAGGGCUGGAGCCAGAUGGAUCCCAAGACUGUGUGCAGCCCGAGGGGCCAGUGAUGGGCGCUGCGAUGGACCUACGGCCUGGCCCUAGCUUGUCCCCUGCCUCUGCCCUCGCUAGGGAACAAGAAGUGAGUUUUGACCGAGGAAGCCCAGGGCUCUAGGCCUGGGUUGGCCAGUCCUGCCAAGGCCCAAGAAGCAGCCCACCGGAGUUCCAGGGAUGGCCAGCAGUCACGAUCACCCCUGCUGGCGGCCGCCUGGACCCACAGCCUCCGUGUCCGCCAAAUCCUCCUGCGACAAGCUGUUCCCUUUUCUCCCGGCUGGCCUGUGCUGGGAGAGGCAGGUGGCCAGAAUGGCUAUUGCAAGAUAAUUAUUUACACACUGCCAUGUCCACGAAGCCAGCCCUGACCCCCUCACGGAAGAACAACAUGCCACACGUAUUGAAACCCUACCGUAUACUUGCACUUGACCCGUAUUAACUCAUUUUCUCCAUCUCAACAACCCUAUGACGUAGGGACUUUUAUUACUUCUGUUUUAAUGAUGAGGAAAAAUUGGGGCAGAGACAAAGCAAUUUACUUGCCCAAGGUCACACAGUAAGUGGUGGCAUCAGGACUUGAACCCAGAGUCUAUAUAGUACAUAUGGAUGUAUGGGUGUGUGUAUUUAAUAAAUAUUAUUGGUUGAAUUCAUGAA